AAAUACCCUACCACCGACGUUAGCCGGUGUUAUCACAUCAUCGCCUGACAGCGUGUUUAUGUCACUCCGUGUUAUUUUAUGGUUGUCCAGUCAACAAGACACACGUGCAUUGUAUUUCUAAUCUAAUCUGUCCUGGAUUAUUUUCUAGCUAUCCCCAGCUAGAUGCUGCAUCAGGGCUAGUUUUCUGCAGUCGUGAUUUUUAAAAACAGGAUUUUAACAUUUUAUCGGCACGGUUUUCACGACCUGUAGGCUAAAUACUGCUAAGGCUUAAGCUAGCAUCGGCGCAGCUCUGUCCCUACAGCGCCAGACAUGCUAGCGCCUAAUUAGCAACUUAGCCGUGUGAAGAUUCUACCGCUCCGCUAGCGUUUAGUAGCCGUCGAGCUAACGCGGCUACGUUGCCGCAAAAAUGGACGACCCCGGUAUCAAGAAGCAGAACUGGGACGUGAAGGAGACCGAGUUAUUUCUGGAAAUCCUCAAGGAGCUGGACAUGAAGAAAUGCUUAGAUGGUAGGAAAGUCAGGAAUAACAAACUCUUCAAGGUGGCACACAGGAGGAUGACGGCGGCUGGUUAUCACAGAUCUGUGGACCAAUUAAAGUUUCGCUGGAAACUUCUCAAAAGUGCGUAUUACAAGUGCAAGAGGGAGCCCGACUCCCCGGCCCCGACCAAAAUACAGGGUUGGUGGCGGUAUGAAAAGACUAUGAUAGCUAUCAUGGAGUCCAGACACCCUCUGGUCGGAGCUGGGGUCAACUCUGAGAGGAACGAUGAAGUGACAGAAGACUCGGAUGGAGAGGCAUCAAUGCUGCACUGGCCUCAGCCCUGCACGGACAGUUCCGCUCAGAACCUGGAUUUAAUUAUCAAAAUGGACCCUGAGAUGGAUCCCCAGCUCAAGAUUGGUUUUAUUGGUGCAGGAAACAUGGCCUUCGGCAUCGCAAAGGGCAUCUUGUCUGGAAAUGUUCUUCCUGUGAACAUCAAAGUGAGCGCACCGUCCUCCAGGAACCUCGGACGCUUUCAGGAGCUCGGGAUUCCCAUCACUCACUCCAACGUAGAGGUGGUCUGUGGCUCGGAUGUGGUUUUUGUAGCCGUCAAACCCCACCUGGUUCCUCUAGUUCUCAGUGAGAUCUCCCAACACGUCACUGACCGACACGUCGUCGUGUCUGUCGCAGCAGGAGUAACGCUGGCAACACUGGAGGAGCUCCUGCCAGAGAAUUCAGUCGCCAUCAGGCUGAUGCCAAACCUGCCGUGUUUGGUUCAGGAAGGAGCUCUCCUGUUUGCACGGGGAUCCCACGCAAAACAGGAGGACGCAGCUCUGCUUCGCUCCUUGUUGCACCGCUGUGGUUUGGUGGAGGAGGGACCCGAGGCCUGGAUUGACAUCCACACUGGACUGAGUGGGAGCGGCGUUGCUUUUGUGUACCUGUUCGCUGAAGCGCUGGCAGAAGGAGCUGUUAAAAUGGGAAUGCCAAGUGCUCUGGCACACAGCAUAGCAUCUCAAACCGUUCUGGGUGCCGGGAGAUUGUUACGUGACUCCGGGAAGCAUCCGGCUCAGCUCCGCUCUGAGGUCUGCACCCCCGGAGGAACAACCAUCUACGGGCUUCACACCCUGGAGCAGGGCGGCGUGAGGGCGUCAACCAUGAGCGCCGUGGAAUCUGCCACCGAGAGAGCCAGGGAGCUCGGCCGAAAGUCGGGAUGCAGGAAAUGACGGCUGCUGUUUGCCUUCUAAUAACCUCAGUGGACCUCAUCCAAGCCUAACAGCAAACUGACUUCUUGUCUCAACAAACAACAGUGGAACACAAAGACAAAACAGGACGUGUCACAUUUUUUAAUUUAAUCUUAUCCUUUUUAUUUCCUUUCAAACAAGUGCAGUUCAGACUUUUUUCCCUUUUAUGUGUUUGACCAGGGGGAUUGUUGUGAGCAAAAAGGAAAUGUUUCCUUAAUGUCGACAUUGACAAGUGAAUUAUUUGAGCAUGACUCUGCAGUUUAUUUGGGGGCUGCUUUGAAAUGCACAGCAAGUAAUCUGGCCACACAGCCUUCGCUUUUCAAACUAUUUCUGUACACACCAGAACAAAAAAUCAAUUCCAAUCACUCAAACCGCUCUGUCAGGCCAGUAGAUGGCAGCAAACACCAGAGAAGAACAGUGUGAGAAUGCAUGGUGAGUUCAUUUUAUUUAAAUGAAAUGAUCCAAAACCAGAGAAAGCCGUUAAGUUCCUGACUUGUAAUGAGAACUUACAUCUGAGCUAAUGAGGGCUGCAGCUAAUGAAUUAUUUUUAAUGUCGAUUAAUCUGUGUGUUAUUUAUUUACCAAUUCAUCAAUCAGUCAACUUGUCGCCGGAGCUGUAGCGCUGACCGCAGCAAAACCGUCUGUUGUUGUUGUCACAGGCACAUCUGUGCUUCUGAAGAUGUUUGGAAGAACAAAACAAAACUCUGUUUUAGGGAUAACAACAUCAAGUGUGCGUGAACAAUAAAAGCAGCAAUGAUUAGGCAAGCAAAAGGAAAUCAGUUGCUCAAAAGUGUUGAUGAUCAUUUAAUUGUUUCAGUCAUUUUUCAAGCAAAAAAGUCAAACAUUUGCUGGUUCCAGCUUCUUAAAUAUCAGGAUUUGCUGCUUUUCAUUGUCAGUUCUGACAGUGAAUGAAGGGUCUUCAGGUUUCAGACUGUUGGGCGGACAAAAGAAGCGACUUGAAGAUGUCGCUUUGGGCUCAGGGAAACUGUGAGGAGAAUUUUUACUAUCCUUUUGAUGUUUUAUAGACUAAAUCAUUGAUUGUGAAAAUAAUUGGCAGAUUAAUUGGUAAUGAAAACUAUUUGUUACUUGCAGCCUUAGUGAACAGGGGCCAAGCAUGCAGAGGAAAAUGUUUGUUUGUUUGACGUCAGCCAUUAAUCAAACUCGUACUCUGUAGCAUCGAUCAGUCCAGCUCUUACAGACUUCUCGUGCUUUACCAGUCGUGACUGUGCAUGUAAUGUGGAGUACAGGAAGGAGGUGAAAUGUGUGGGUGUAUUUAAUUAUGUUAUUUAAUAUUGGGCCAAAUGAAGUGUGGAUAAUUUAAGAAUGAUUGUGGUCGUGCAGCUGCUGCUAGUUCCUGUCCCAGAUGUUGUUACCAUCCAGUCGCUGGCUUUGUGUACCACAGUGUCGAGAACAAUAUCCCUGAUCUGUGGUGCCAGAUGUGUGGAGUGGGUGAGCAUAAAGUGUCACGUGAACCGGC